AAGCCUUCACCCAGAGACGACUAUGGCUGAACCGGAGAAGAAGCACGUUGUCGAAGAGGCCGUCAAGGGAGAGCACGAGAAGAAGAAGAAGGAGAAGAAGCACAAGGAGAAGAAGGAGAAGGACGGCAGCCGCGGGCUGUUCGCCGGGUCGGGCACGUCCUCGUCUUCCGAGUGCAGCUCGUCUUCAGACGAGGAGAGGCGGCAGGCGAAGAUCGCCCGCAAGAAGAAGAGGAGGGAAGAGAAGCUCGCCAAGAAGCAGCAGCACGAGCAGCAGCACGGCCACGGUGGUGCGCACGGGGAAGGCCACAAACCUGGUCACGGCGCUGACGCUCAUGGCGGUGGCCAUGGCCACGGUGCCCACGGUGAACACGGCGGUGCGCACGGCCACCCCGCGCCGCACGCUUAACCGUACCCUGCCCCCCGCCCUACAUACGUACGGGGUAGCUUUGCAUUAGAAAUCGCCAUGGUUUUGUCUCUCGGCGUUGAAUGUUCAAAAUCUCAAUUUGGGGUCGAGAAACCGGUCCUGCAGUUCUCUUGAGUCUCCUGCGGGAGAUUUCGUGGUCUGUGGGAUAUGUGUGAUCAGUUCCUCUGCCGAGAACGAGGUGUGCGGGACGGAACCGGGUUUCGGGGCGUAUGGAAGACGCCGAGCAGCUCGGUGUGUAUUGUAAAUCUGGUACGUGUUGUAUGGGUUAUGUAGAAAC